AUGCAGCUAGAACCCAUUUACUAUGAAGUCGCUCAGCUGCUUCGGAUGGGAAAUCCUGAGCAAGGUCUCAUAGUUUUGGGCAGGGUUGAUUGUGAUGUCGAAACGGAAUUGGCGAAAAAAUAUCAUAUUCGAAAGUAUCCAACGGUGGCUGUGGUGCAGCAUGGACUGAUCCGAUGGGAUGAAUUUCAAGGACCUCGUAAUGUCGAGAGUAUUAUGAAAUUUUUGGAAACGCACUUGAAUGAUCCCGUUAAAGAGAUACAAUCAAAAACGGAAUUGGACAAUUUGGUGGUUGUAUCAAACACUCUGAUUAUCGGUUACUUUACAAACUAUCUUGAUCAAGAAUAUAAAGUUUUUCGUGAUGCUGUGCGUUUUUUCGGUCCAUACGGCGAUUUCUAUGUGGUCCUGUACGAUGCUAUGAGAAAUGCCACUCUAGAUGGCGAACACAGGAUUGUCGCUAGGGCUAAAUAUGAUCACAUUGAGGAGUAUAAGGGGAAUAAGACAAAUACCAAGGAGCUGGGAAUGUGGAUUUUCUAUCAAUGUCAACCCAUGGUGCAAGAGAUAACAUUUGCCAAUGCCGAGAUACUAAUCGAUGGUUCUCUGCCACUUAUGAUACUAUUUCACCAUAAAGAUGAUCAUGAAUCGGUCAAGCUAUUUAGAAAAACGGUCGAGUCUCAAUCAACGGAAACUUUUAUGUCUGUUAGAUUUAUCAGCGGUCAGUCCGAUAUGUUCUCCCAUGCAAUGUAUCAUAUGGGCAAAUCGGAGGAGGAUUUACCCUUUAUUGCCUUCGAUACCUUCGAGCAUAUGUAUGUCCUUCCGAAUUUCACUGAUAUUGAAGUGCCUGGCACAAUAGAGCAAUACAUUGAAGACCUUCAUUCGGGUAAAUUGCAUUAUAAGUACCAUGAAAAGGAACUUUUGGACGCCUUAGGCGGCGAUGUGCAAGAAACAACUCGCAUUCCAGAAUCAAAAUUUAAAAUUCUAAAACAAUCCAAACAUCGCUAUACCUAUGUUAAAGAGGAAUUGUAA